CACUCACAGAUGGAAUCAAACACCACGACAUGACGGGAAAGAGUAAAAGAGAGCACUUUUGGCGAGUGAGCAAAAUAUUGGUUCGAAAGCUGAAUGCCUGGAACAUAAUUUCGGCGAUAAACUCGCACGCAGCCGCAGUAGUUCGGAAUGAUGCUGGAAAACUGAAGUGGACAGAGGAGAAGCUAAAGGAGUUGGACAGGAAGUCAAGAAAGGUCCUAUCGAUGUAUGGAACCAAUCAUCCAUGUGCAGGCAUUGAUAGCCGAUACACGAAGAGAGCGACAGGAAGAAAGGGCUGGACCAAAUCCUUCGCAUUUCGUUUGAUUUUAAAAUCUUUCAACGAAUAUAAAAAACCUGCUGAGAACAUAUCAAGAGCCAUGGAGCAUAAGUUUUUAACCGUGACUGGAAAAUUCAGAGUUGAAUAUCCUGGUGUUCAAAGUCAACUGCGGCGCAAUAUCUCCCAAGUUUUGAACAAAUUCCAGGCAUUGCUCAACAUGAAUUUGCUUGAUGAAAGUUCAAGUACUGGUAAUGGAACAGAGGAUAGAACAGCAGAAACAAACUUUUGAGUGAAAAUCGAAAAAGAGCCUCCAAGAAUCGUCUUUGAUGAUAUUUUAUGCUAUAAAACGAUAUUUUCUGCAUAUAUAAUACAAAA